AUGAUUUUCAAUGAGGUAUUACGGCUGUAUCCACCAAUUGUUGACCUGUCUAGACUGGUUGAAGAAGAAACAAAGUUAGGACAAUACACUAUCCCAGCCGAUACACUAUUGAUGUUGCCGAUAAUCAUACUUCACCGAGACACAGACUUGUGGGGCGAAGAUGCAAAUGAGUUUAAACCAGAAAGGUUCGCUGAAGGAGUAUUGAAAGCAACAAAUGGGCGCCUUGCAUUUUUCCCAUUCGGUUCAGGUCCCCGAGUGUGCAUUGGACAGAACUACUCUCUAUUGGAAGCCAAACUUGUCUUAGCAAAUAUUCUGAGCAACUUCUCCUUUGAGCUUGCACCAACUUAUACACAUGCUCCCUAUGUUAUUUUUACUGUGCAACCACAGUAUGGUGCUCCACUCUUUCUGCGCAAGAUUUAG